GGUAUGAACUUAUGGCGGACUCUGUGCUCGCGGGUGUGGACUAAAGCGGAUCGAUUCUUGCCAAGCUUACCUUUUUACAUCUUGAAAUGCUUUUGAAUUACCGAAAACUCGUUUGAGACUUCUGAUCUGGAAAUUUGCGUCGAAACGUUCAAGAAAAUGGCUCGAAUGAAGGCGCGACCUCUUCAACACACAACGAAAAGGAAAUUGCAAGAACGCGGCGCUCGCGAAGGAUCGCGAACGACCUCAGGCAAGCGUCUAAGACUACAGAGCCCAGCAGGACGGACAUCUUCUUCCUCAGAGAAAGCAAAGAAGAAGAAAGGAAAGCCUAAGGUACAAAAAAAAGAAGACGCCCACCUUCCUCCUGAGUUACGCAGAGCUGGAAUAUUGGCCCAUAUGCAGAUACCUGAAGGAAGGCGUUUUGGCCCAUUCAUUGGAAAAAUUGUUGACAAGAGGAAGUCUCCAGAGAAAAUGUACUUUUUUGUGUCACAGUUCAAAGAUAAAAACAAAAGGAACUCGAUGCACUUUUUCUAUGCACACAAGAAUGAGAAGGACAAAUGCAGUUGGCUUAGCCGUCUCCAGAGUGCCACAUCAUCAGCAAAACAAAAUAUUGUGGCAUAUAACUCUCCAAGAGGAGUCUGUUUUGAAGCUGUUAAAGACAUAGCUGUGGGAGAAGAGUUGAUGGUCCUGUUUGAUAAAUCAUUUAAAGGUUCUGUGUAUCCAGCCUAUGUCGAGAGUGUACCUGUGUCCUUCAUCACAGAUGAUACUGGUGAAAAGAUUGCUGUGGUUCCUCUCAUCAAGCCUCAAGUUUAUGUGGACCCUAGAAAUGAAGGCAAAGAAUCUAACAAAGAUGGGGCUAAUGCAGGCCAGGAUGAAGAAAUGGCUGACUCUCUCGAAGAAGGAAAUCCAGAGGUCGUAGAUGUCAGUGGUGAUGACAAUGAUAAUGAUGAUAAUGGUGAUGAUGAUGCUGAAGAUGGUAGUGAUGAUGAAGCAGAGGCAGGAGAGGAUGAAGAUUCUGGUGAAGAUGAUGAAGACGGUGGUGGUGAAGAUGAAGACGAGGAUGAAGAUAUUGAUGAUGAUGAUGAUGACGAUAUUGAUGAUGAUGAUGAUGAUGAUGAUGAUUUUAUUCCUGAGGGUAAAAAGAAGUUGAUAGAGGAAACUGAAGCCUGCACAAGUGAUGGUGAAAAUCCAACUGAAAAAAAACGUAGAAGAAAGCCAUCAGCUCAGCCCAAACGGAAGCCGCAUAUAAAAGAAAUAACCGUUGUUGACGCUGAGAGUGGUCAGGAUACAAUUAAAUACCGCUGUACCCAUUGCUCAGAGGAUUUUGGGGACAAAGUGAAAGCCAUGGAACACAGUUCGGCUAUGGAAUGUCUUUCACAGCAAUUCCAGUGCAACACAUGCACCCUGGAGUUCCGAAAUGCCUUUCUACUUCAGAAACACAAAUGUAAUGGGCAGCCAAAGUGCAACGUCUGCAAUGAAGAGUUUGAGAACUGGAGACAACUGAAGGAUCACGUGGAUAAUCCGCCAGAGGUUCACGUGCCAAAGUGUGCGAGUUGCGAUAUGCAGUUUCAAACUGUCAAAGAGAAACAGUACCAUGUCCGUUCCAAGCACAGGCCGGAUGAGUCGUCAGAGGAGUGUCCCAUUUGUCACAAGACCUACAAUAAAAUGUACCUCAAGGAACAUCUCACGACCCACGAUGAAAACAGCGGGUUGAAAUGCAUUGAGUGCGGCAAACAGUUUUCCUCCAAAAGUAACUUGAACAAACAUCGUAAAAAGCAUCUACCUGGCUAUGUCCCAGCCAAGGACAAACAACGGGAAAAGAAAUAUGGCUGUUUAGAAUGUGGUAAAAAGUUCGACUCAAUGCACGGCUUAGAGAGCCACCAGCGAAGCCACACCGGGGAGAGGCCAUUUGAGUGUGACAAAUGCUCUUGGAAAUUCACUCAGAAAACGCAUUUGAACCGUCACAUUAGGAGUGUGCACGAGAAGGUUCCAAGGGAGCGCCAUUCUGAAACCAACAAACCUGUGUCUUGUGAAGUUUGUAACAAAGUGUAUGUCAACAGUCGUGUGUUGGCCGUUCACGUGCAGUCCGUGCACGAAGGCCUACGACCUUACAAGUGUGAAUACUGUGACGCAACUUACACCCAACGAGAGUUUAUUACUACUGAAAUUCUUUACAGGGGACACACAGGAGAGAAACCUUAUAAAUGUGAUCUUUGUGGAAAAGACUUUGUUCAGAAGUCUGGCUUGCGGAAACACAUCAGAUGUAAACGUUGUCCAAUGGUUGAAGGUCGUUCGAUUAACCCCAAGAGUACCAAAAAAUAUGAAUGUGAUUUUUGCGACAAAAUGUUUCCAGGACCAUCUGACUUGAGAUCGCACAUGCGCACCCACACUGGAGAGAAACCUUAUCAGUGCACUGUUUGUGAUAAGGGUUUCAGCCAGCCAGGGAACCUAACCAAACACGUAAGGUUUGUUCACAACAAAGAACAGCGACCUAAAGAGAAAACUCGCGAAAAGAAGUAUUUUUGCAGCCUGUGCGGUAAAGCGUUUCUCUGUCCGAGUAGUCUUGCUAUGCACUGUCGGACACACACUGGAGACAAACCUUUUUCGUGUGAACAAUGUGGGCAAGGAUUCGCCCAAGCGGGAAACCUCAAAAAGCACCUCAAACGCUGGCAUGAAGAUGGCGCCGAAGGCAGGACAAGACGGAGAAAGGGAAAGGGAAAGAACGCACCAGCUGAAUCAGGAGAGACAGGCGAUGCGAACCAACAAAGUCAGCAACAAGAAGGCGAGUCCUGCCAAACGGUCUCUGACGAGACACCCAGUGACGGUGAACAUGACGAGAUUACUAACAGCACGCGUGGGGGAGAUAGGCCAGUCGAGUUGAACAAUGCAAGCUCGCAGACAACUUUAGCUACGUGCACCCCGCUCAACACUCCGAGUUCUUUGUACAGUGCAACGCCCUUGAACAGUCUGAACGCAGCAGUCGGUAGCUCUCCCACACCAAUGAUGCAAGUGGUGUUAGGUUUUCUACGCAGCCCGCCGCAACAACCCGUCGGCGCACCUAACCCCCAUGCAAAUGCGAAUCCCUCUACGAUGACUCACACUGAAAGGGUUCUCGGGACAUCAUUCUACGGGGCUAGUGAACGGGAAAACGCCUUGCGCCGAGAUGUUAGCACUUCUUCACCAAGUUUCUUGAAUUCCCAGCCAAUGACCUCUCAAGGAAGCCAUCUGAGUGUCAUAUCCGCACAACAGCAUCAACAAGUUGUUCUGCCAAGAAUGUUGGCUCCCACAUCCUCAGAAAGUACAGACAUCCCAUUCAUGCCCCCAGUGGUGGCGACCCCUCCCUCUAACCCCAACCCCCCACCCCGGGCAUCGAUCCUUCUUCCGCACGUUCACUCCCUCCUUAAUCCCCCAGGGAUGAAUAACACAGGGGGAGAGGUAACUGUUUGGCCGUUUGCACCAAACAACAUGUUUCAGCCACAGUAGGCUGUAAUUUGGUAUAAUAAUCUGCUAAUUUUUCGCCUCCCGUUCAUGUCACGUAAGGGGUUACUUGAGUAACGCAAGCCCUUGUCAUGUUAUAAAGUUCGGCAAAAUUAUGGUUUUAGAAAGGCUAACCGAAGUUUAAACCAUAUCUUUUCCUAUCUCGGUGAAAACGUAAUGGUCAAAAGUUGGUUUUAUUUUCUUGCGCUAACCCUUAUUAGAUAUAUGAGAUUUGUUCGACAGCUGUCUGCAAACUGAACAAGGGGGAAAUUGUCCUGACUGGGUUAUCCUCUUUAGUAUUUCAUUACUCUCUUUGCUUUAGGAAAGACUUUGGGAACAGAUCAUUACGUAUUUAUAAAUAAUGGUUUGUCCCUUAGCAAGCAAAUGAACGCUAUGUGAAAACUUGCGUUUGUAAAGUAGGAGUUAGCGUUUUUUGUUAAACCGCAAAGCCGCGAUCGAUGGCAUACAGUUUAUCAGUACCAAUGGUUUUACGUCUCAAACAAAGAUCAGCUGGGUUAACACGAGCUUGUUUAAGCCCACGCCUCACACAAACCGUAGCUAACUUACGUCACUGCUUGUUCAAGUAGAAUGUGUCGUAGAGCUUGGUUUUGGGAGGUGCAGAGUAUUUGCCUCGAAAGAACUUCCCUCCAUCGUUUGUGUGCCAAUUUCUCAUAUCAUGGCGGAUGUCUGUACCAUGAUUUAUACUCUCGAUUACGGAUCGGCAUAUAAGGGCCAGAUAGUAGUCUGUGUUCGUAAAGGGGUCCAUUCCCCCCUUUAUUUGAAAAUGGUCACCAUCAAUUUACUGAAGGGAAACAUUAGGGAAGGUAGAGCACAUCGAGUAGCUUAGUAGGGAACUGGUUCUACUCCCUUAGACUUGAACUUCUUGGCUGAGUUGCCCUUAACCCUUGCACUCCCAGGAUCUCAGUAGUAAUUCUCUUUACUGUCUACCACACAAUUGGAGAAUUUGGUAUUGGAUCAACUAAUAAUCUCUAAUUGGUAUUU